AUGUGCCUUAAUCUUUCCGACGACCAACUUCGUAAUGUCAUGUCAGCUCUGCGAGAAGGCAUGGCACUAGGUGUCAAAAAAGGAACACCAAUGGGUGUUGGUCUGAAAAUGAUCCCAUCAUACGUAAGAGCUAUUCCCAAUGGAACAGAAACUGGCGAUUAUUUGGCACUGGAUCUCGGAGGUACAAACUUCCGUGUGUUGCUGAUUCGUCUGCGAGGGAGUGAAGCUGAGAUGGUCGGCAAGAUCUACGAGAUACCAACAUCGAUACAGCGAGGAACUGGUGAAGCU